AUGCUUCUCGGUAUUGGCUACAGCCCGGCUCAAAUCAAGGAGGCGACGAUCGCUGCGCACGGGGACGUUCAAGGCGCCGCAGAACGGCUCUUGGACGCCAAUGCUGGCAUGGACAAAGACGGGGCUGCCGCCCUUUCGCCAAGCCACGCGGCGCAAGCCGGCCCGCCGUUGCGUGCCAGGCGAGCCGGGCAGAGGCAUGGCCAGCUGCACUCCCGCUCGCAUCAGGCGGUGCACAGUGACCGGCAAUCGCCGCCCGGUCAGCGCCCAGGCGGCAUCGCCAGUCGAUUGGUCGCGUUAGAAGGGCGUGUCGGGCUUACUGGCUCGGUCGGUCCCCCACUUCCUCGCAUCAUUGAGCUCGAGCUGCUGGCGGGCUUAUUCCGACCGAGCGUGCAAUGCUUCGCCGUCCGGCUCGACGCCCUCGAGCAGUGGGUGGAAGAGAAUGGAUUGUAG